CCAUCGAAGUUUCGCCACCUCUAACAGAACUCUAACCGACGAAGAUUGUUAUUUUUUCUAGUGUAAUGUAAUGGACUAAAAUCAAAUCCUGACAUUUAAACCAGUGAAUCGCGACUGCAAUUUUCAUCGCUACGCUAACAAAUCAAAAACGCGGCAAGGGAGAGGAGGCGCACAGCACCGCCACCGAGGAUAAAACAAUCAGGAAUUGAUUUGUUUGUCCGGCCAUGUCGGUGUGUGUGUGAGGCAAGGGCUCGCCUGUGUGCGUCUGUGUGUGUGUGCUCUCUUUUUUUCGCCGCUAAAUUAAAUAAUUGCACUAUCAAAAAAUAAACAGGAAGAAGCGCAGCCAGAAGACAGAGAAGAGCAGCUAUCGUUAAACAAAUGAAACUCUGCCGAUACAGCGAAGUAAAAAUCAAUAAUUAGAGCCAAGUUCCCAAGCAAAAAGAGUCAUGUUAAACAGCGCAAAUAACAAUUCUCCCCAGCACCCGGUGAGUGCACCAUCUGAUAUCAACAUGAAUGGAUAUAACCGGAAAGCGCCACAAAAGCGGCGUUAUGAUAUGCCAAAAUAUGCUGUGUCACCAAAAAAGAAAACCUGCAAGGAGCGCAUUCCGCAGCCGAAAAACACGGUGGCAAUGCUGAAUGAGUUAAGACAUGGACUGAUUUACAAAUUGGAGUCACAGACUGGUCCGGUGCACGCACCUUUAUUUACGAUAUCCGUUGAGGUCGAUGGACAAAAAUACUUGGGCCAGGGACGCAGUAAAAAAGUGGCACGGAUCGAGGCAGCAGCCACAGCUCUGCGAAGCUUUAUCCAAUUCAAGGACGGAGCUGUUUUGUCGCCAUUGAAGCCGUCGGGCAACUUGGACUUUACCAGCGAUGAACAUCUAGAAAAUGGUAUUGAAAAUUUGUCCAACAAACAAUUGGUCGAGAUCAUUGAGACGUUGAUGUUGACUGAAAAGAAAUCCAACCUUACCUCGCUUGAACAACCCACGUUGCGUCUUCAAAUGUUUUGCAUGAGUCAGAAUGUCAGCAAGAGUGCUAUUACUGUUGAUGGUCAAAAGAAGGUUCCAGAUAAGGGUCCUGUAAUGCUGCUCUACGAAUUAUUUAAUGACGUUAAUUUUGAAUGCAUUAAUAUUGACGGCGCUCAGAAUAAUUGUCGCUUCAAGAUGACGGUUACAAUAAAUGAGAAAAAGUUUGACGGAACAGGUCCUUCCAAAAAGUUGGCAAAAAAUGCGGCAGCCAAGGCUGCACUUGCUUCGUUGUGUAACAUUUCCUACAGUCCAAUGGUAGUUCCACAAAAGAACGUACCCCUUCCAAUCGACGACAAGUCAUCAUCCAUGGAGUUGCCGCAGAUACAUGCAGAUACAAUUGGCCGACUUGUGUUGGAAAAAUUCAUGGAAGUAAUCAAGGGUCAAGAGGCUUAUUCGCGUCGAAAGGUAUUGGCGGGAAUUGUUAUGACUGAAAACAUGAAUUUUUGUGAAGCCAAAGUUAUUUCAGUUUCGACGGGUACAAAGUGUGUCAGCGGCGAGCACAUGAGCGUUAAUGGAGCUGUCUUGAACGAUUCCCAUGCUGAAAUAGUCUCUAGGCGUUGUCUUCUCAAGUUCUUAUAUGCGCAGCUGGAUCUGCAGUGCAAUCAGGCCACAGCAUAUCAGUCGAUUUUCGUGAGGAAUACUGAUGGGCAAUACCCUUAUAAACUAAAAUCCGGGGUACAUUUCCAUUUGUAUAUAAAUACAGCACCUUGUGGGGAUGCACGGAUAUUUAGUCCUCACGAAAACGACACUGGUGUUGAUAAACAUCCAAAUAGAAAAGCUCGCGGCCAAUUGCGUACCAAAAUCGAGUCCGGUGAAGGGACGAUUCCAGUGAAAAGCAGUGAUGGAAUACAAACGUGGGAUGGCGUAUUGCAGGGCCAACGCCUGUUAACAAUGUCGUGCUCGGACAAAAUUGCACGUUGGAACAUCGUGGGUAUACAAGGCUCCCUAUUGUCUUCCAUAAUUGAACCAGUGUACCUGCAUUCGAUUGUGCUGGGCAGCUUGCUGCACCCAGAGCACAUGUACCGUGCGGUGUGCGGCCGGAUCGAGAAGUCCAUUCAAGGCCUGCCACCGCCAUACCAUUUGAAUAAGCCGCGCCUUGCCUUGGUCACUUCGGCCGAACCGCGAAACCAGGCCAAGGCUCCAAACUUUGGGAUUAAUUGGACCAUUGGUGAUACCGAGUUGGAAGUGGUGAACUCGCUCACUGGUCGAACCAUUGGCGGUCAAGUGUCGCGCAUCACGAAGCAAGCGUUUUUUGUUAAAUAUGGAUUUUUAAUGACAAACUUACCAGGUAUUUUAGUCCGCAAAGUAACUACAGACUAUGGACAAACCAAAGCUAACGUAAAGGACUAUCAGACGGCAAAGCUCGAGUUGUUUUCUGCAUUCAAGCGAGAAGACCUUGGAAGCUGGCUGAAGAAACCCAUUGAACAAGACGAGUUCGGUCUUGCCGAAUGACUGCACUCAGCACUAUUAUAUAAUUUAUUAAAAGACAACAGUAACGGCAAGCAAUUAAUAGAAUUAGAUGAUAUAGAUUUUAUGACAAGUUCUUAUGUAGAAUGCAAAUUAAGUUGGGUGCAAAAACAUCGAUAUGAAAUUCAUAUGAUUGAGAACCUGCCAACCUUGCGUACCCAUUGCAACAGCAAGCACAAAGAUGCUUAUGCUCGAAAUAUGAAAAACGGCUCUAGAAUAUUUAUAGAAUAGAAUGUAGUUUUUAUGCUGGAACUGAGUAAAGGAGUAUUAUGGCGUUUUUUUUGAA